UUUUUUUUCUUUGUUAAAUUUUUCCCAUAAGAUUUUUUACUAGCAAGAUUUUAAUAAGGUAUAUUGUUCUAAUAUGUUCGACAUUCAAUGGGGAGUGGUGUAAAUAAAGGGGUGAAUGACCACCAUAUUAAGUGCUAAUUAAAGAGAUUGGAUGUAGGCUUGGGACCCACAUCGAAGACUAUGGAAGGGCCCAAUGGAUCUCUAGCACGGUGGUGGCCAAAGGCCCAAUGGGCCUCUCAGCGUGGACCAUUGGACCCUGGACGGAGCCCAUUUCACCCAUGGGGCUACUUUCAAGUUUCACCAAGCCCUAACCUCAAAACACCACAUCAGUCUCGCCGCCCGCGGAACCACUUCCCCACUUUUUUUUUUACGUUGGCGCCAAAACUUCCCGCCAAACUCUUCCAUCGCCGCGGCCACCGCGAUUUCUAUAUAUAUGUAUGCACGCCAGAUCAACCACACCUUCCAUCUCACCCACGUCUCUGCCACCCUAAAUCUCCCAAUAGCCGCCCAACAGCCAUGGUUGUGCCGCUCGGCCCCGGAAAAUUCUACGGUGGCAGUCUUCCCCGCCCCCGCAUCUACACCGACGUCAAGUUCAACUCUUCCCGGGUUGAUCCGCCUGUACCGGUUCUCGAUCCGUUUCUUUCAUGGGCAGAGGAAGCUCAUUGGUCCAUGGGUGGCCUAAACUUCAAGCGCCACAGACUCCAAGGCCGCAUCGAAGGCAGCAUCAAGAAGCUCCGAGCAGAGCGCGAAAGGCUCAUGAGGAAAGCCAAGAGAGUUGCCAAGGGCUCGCCUCCAAGCAUCGCCGUUAAAAUUGACGAUAGCGUUGGCGGAGAGCGGUUGUCUCCCUCCUCACCUUGUGUUUCGCCUCCUCCGGCUCCUGUGGCAGUGAAGCGGCGGCGUUUUGUGGUGGAUGACGAUGAGGAAGAUGAUGAAGAGGAGUUGGUGCGGCGGAAGCUGGCGAGGAAGCUUGGGGAUGAUUUUGAUAAGGUAGCCCCGGAGAACGUGAAAGGGAAAGGGUUAAUUAGUGCUGAUUCGGCCAAAACUGGGGGAGGUCCAGUGAAUUCGGUGGCGAGGCGGACUCGAAGCCGGAGGUCCGAGGAGCACAACUCUAACGACGGUGUUAUGGAGGUGGUUGAACAGGCGAGAAGGUCAAGCCCUAGGGGUAAGAAAUUGAAGGGAGACGAGAGUAAAGGCAGUGGAGAGAAAAAGGGUUCUCCUACCAGUGGGAUCAGUUCAUCACCCAGAACUUCACCUAGGCUAUCAAAGCGAAAAUCGAGCUAGUUGUGACCUCUGAUAACCAGUUUUCUUCUUUAUUCUAUCAUCUUUAAUGAUCUUAAACAGAAUGAGUACAGGGUCCUGUUUGUGUUUACAUUUUGAAGUUUGUUUCUAGAUCUUCUAAGAAGCACCCAUGUGAGAAAAUGGAAGUUUGAGACACAAUCAGCUUUCAUGGGAAUUCAAACUUUAAUUUUCCCCA